CCGAGUGAUGCCUACUCUUCCCAACUUUUCAUCCAGAGGUCGGCGAGGAAACAUUUAAAGCGAGCUGGUUUAAUUUCUGCUUUUUUCUUCUUUUCCCCAACUCGAGUUUCUUCCAUGAGUCGGUACUUGACUGGACUAACGUUAACCUUUCAUGCGACGAAGAUAAGAUAAUGAACUUUGGACUUUCCUCACGGCUUUUCGUGACAUGUUUCCCGUCGUCCCGGAUAAAAUAAAAUAACAACGUAGCCCGGCGUGGCGGCAGCUGGGCGAAAAUUCAACUGGAGGGAAAUAGCGCACUCACACCAAGUGAUUAUCAAAACAAAGACAGCAACUACUUUUAACCUGAAGCGGAAUAGGAGUGUAAAAUGUCCUCCAAAGCUUCAAAUAAGAGUGCAGCGAUGGAGGAAACCGUCAUAUGGGAACAGCACACAGUGACCCUUCACAGGGCACCAGGAUUUGGGUUUGGUAUUGCCAUCUCAGGUGGGCGAGACAACCCUCAUUUCCAAAGUGGAGAGACAUCCAUUGUGAUAUCUGAUGUUUUGAAAGGAGGUCCUGCAGAGGGACUACUGCAAGAAAAUGAUCGAGUGGUGAUGGUCAAUGCAGUCUCUAUGGACAAUGUAGAGCAUGCAUACGCGGUGCAGCAACUCCGCAAGAGCGGCAAAAAUGCAAAGAUAACUAUCCGUAGGAAAAGGAAAGUACAGAUCCCUGUUUCUCGGCCAGGAGACAGAGAAACAAUGUCAGAGCACGAGGAAGAGGAUAGUGAUGAGGAUGAUGGCUAUGAGCACCACAGUGGACGUGGUGGCCAAAGUGCCUAUGGAGGAGCAAGUGGAGGCACGGGCACUGGUAGACGUGAACGUAGCAACAGCAGCAGGCGGGAUCACAGUGCCUCGCGGGAGAGGAGCAUCUCACCACGCUCCGAUCGCCGAUCACAAGCCUCUUCUGCUCCACCCAGGCCUGCUAAGGUCACCCUUGUCAAGUCCCGCAAAAAUGAAGUAGAAUAUGGACUGCGGUUGGCCAGCCACAUAUUUGUGAAGGACAUCUCUCCUGAGAGCCUCGCUGCCAGGGAUGGAAACAUCCAGGAGGGAGAUGUUGUACUGAAGAUCAAUGGCACAGUUACAGAGAACCUAUCACUGAUAGAUGCCAAGAAGCUGAUUGAGAGGUCAAAGGGCAAGUUGAAGAUGGUGGUGCAGAGAGAUGAUAGAGCUACGCUGCUCAACAUUCCUGACAUGGAUGACAGCAUCCCAUCAGCCAAUAACUCCGACAGAGAUGACAUUUCAGAAAUACAUUCACUGACAUCAGACCAUUCCAAUCGAUCCCACGGGCGAGGCAGUCGAUCACGUUCGCCUGACAAGUCGGAGCUAUCGGACCAUCUCCGUCACUCACCUCGGCAGAUCAGUAAUGGCAGCCAUCGAAGUCGAGAUGAGGAACGCGUGUCCAAACCUGGGGCCAUGUCUACACCAGUCAAAAGCUCUGAUGAUGGUGUCUUGUCACAGGCCAGUGACCAAGCCAGCUCCAGAGAUGACAAACUGUUACCUCCGCUGCCUGAACCAAAGCCAGUUUAUGCACAGCCUGGUCAGCCUGAUGUGGACCUCCCUGUCAGCCCCUCUGAUGCUCCUGUACCCAGUGCUGGUCAUGACGACAGCAUUCUCAGGCCAAGUAUGAAGCUGGUCAAGUUCAAGAAGGGAGAGAGUGUCGGUCUGCGGUUAGCUGGAGGGAACGACGUGGGAAUUUUUGUGGCGGGAGUUUUGGAGGACAGUCCUGCAGCCAAGGAAGGGCUGGAGGAGGGAGACCAGAUUCUCAGGGUGAACAACGUUGACUUUGCUAACAUCAUUAGGGAGGAGGCUGUGCUGUUUCUGCUGGAUCUCCCAAGAGGAGAGGAAGUUACAAUCCUGGCUCAGAAAAAGAAGGAUGUGUAUCGGAGGAUAGUGGAAUCGGAUGUGGGUGACUCCUUCUACAUUCGCACACAUUUCGAAUAUGAAAAAGAGUCGCCAUACGGGCUGAGCUUUAACAAGGGCGAGGUUUUCCGAGUGGUAGAUACUCUGUACAAUGGCAAGUUAGGCUCCUGGCUCGCGAUUCGUAUUGGCAAGAACCAUCAGGAAGUGGAAAGGGGCAUCAUCCCCAACAAGAACAGAGCUGAGCAGCUAUCCAGUGUGCAGUACACCCUCCCCAAAACACCAGGAGGCGAUAGAGCAGACUUCUGGCGAUUCCGUGGAUUGAGAAGCUCCAAGAGGAAUUUGCGGAAGAGCAGGGAGGACCUGUCAGCCCAGCCAGUUCAGACCAAGUUCCCUGCCUAUGAAAGGGUGGUGCUGAGGGAAGCUGGGUUCCUGAGGCCUGUGGUCAUCUUUGGGCCAAUAGCAGAUGUGGCCAGAGAGAAACUGGCCAGGGAGGAGCCUGAUGUUUUUGAACUAGCAAAAACACAGCAACAACAAGGAGGGGAAAAGAGCGAGCCGAGGGAUGCAGGAACUGACCAGAAAAGCUCCGGCAUCAUUCGCCUACACACCAUUAAACAGAUCAUUGACCGGGACAAACAUGCAGUGCUGGACAUCACUCCUAAUGCAGUGGACCGUCUAAACUACGCUCAGUGGUAUCCAAUUGUGGUGUUCCUGAACCCAGACACAAAGCAGGGUGUCAAGAACAUGAGGACCCGACUCUGCGCAGAGUCUCGGAAGAGCGCCAGAAAGCUUUAUGAACGAGCCCUCAAAUUAAGAAAGAACAACCACCACCUCUUCACCACAACCAUUAACUUGAACAGCAUGAAUGAUGGUUGGUUUGGAGCACUGAAAGAGAUAAUCCAGCAGCAGCAGAACCAGCUUGUGUGGGUUUCAGAGGGCAAGGCUGACGGGGCAGCUGAGGAUGACCUGGACAUCCAUGACGACCGUCUGUCCUACCUGUCGGCGCCGGGCAGUGAGUAUUCCAUGUACAGCACCGACAGCCGCCACACCUCCGAUUACGAGGACACGGACACAGAGGGUGGAGCCUACACUGACCAGGAGCUGGACGAAACACUGAAUGACGAUGUGGGUCCACCUACGGAGCCUGCCAUCACCCGCUCCUCAGAGCCUGUCCGCGAAGACCCACCUGUCAUCCAGGACCCCCCAGGCUACGCUGGCUACCAACACACAGUGCAACCGGACCCGCUGAACCGCAUCGACCCGGCUGGGUUCAAGGCACCAGCGCAGCAGCAGAAAGCAGUGGCCGCUGCCAUCCCUAGCAUCCCCCAGCAGCAUGAGCCCCAGGCUGAGACAGUGCCCCCUGCUGUCGACGUUACUGUAAAAACUGUAGGGGGUCUGAGCCCUGACGAGGCUCCUGCAGCUCCCCUCAGCCAGCCAAGCCCCAUCCCAGAGGCUGGUUCACUUAGGAGGCCCACCCCUGAGCUAGCCUCUCAGAGCGUCACACCAGAACCUCUACAGUCUGGACUGGCCAGUCCAGAACCAAAGAUGUUUCAGACGGACCCAUACAGCACAGACAACACAGGGAGAAUUGGUCACAGCAUGAAGCCUGCGACUUACAGCCCUCAGCAGGGAUAUCACGCUGACCAGCAGCCAUACAGAGAUUAUGACCACCCGCCUAGUCGGUAUGAUGUCAGCAGCGGAGGUGGUUUCCAAGAACCAAAGUACCGUAACUUUGACUCUCACGCGCCCUUCGAGAACAGUGUGCCUCAUUACGACCAGCAGCAGUGGAACCCCUACAACCAGCCACUCUCUACUGCCAACUCCCAGGGUUUCGAUCCCCGUUUGCCAUACAGUGACGGCCCUGAAUCCCAGUACACCCCUCCGCUCCGCUACGACGAGCCUCCACCUCAGCAGGGAUUCGACGGACGGCCUCGCUACGGUAAACCGACAGGUCCAGCGCCUGUCCGUUGUGAUGAUCCCCCACCUCCUGCUCCGGGGCUUGACCUGCACUACGACCAGGAUUCUCACCUGACCACAUACCCUUCAGCUGCCCGCUCCCCAGACCCCGCUGCCCAGAGGCCUGCCUAUAACCAGGGACCAGCACCGCAACAAAAAGGCUACAAACCUCAGCAGUAUGACCCUGCUCCUGUGAACUCUGAAACCAGCCCCACACCACCUCCCAAAGCAGAGGCCCCCUCACCUUCUCCUGCGGAUGCUCUAAAGCCUGCCGCUGCCAGAGAUGUGCCACAGGAGGACGACCCCGCCAUGCGGCCACAGUCUGUCCUGACGAGGGUCAAGAUGUUUGAGAACAAACGCUCCGUGUCCAUGGACCGAGCCAGAGAUGCAGGUGAUUCAUCUGGGAACAAGGCUGCUGAUUUACCCUUGAAAGCAGGAGGAGUAAUCCCAAAGGCUAAUUCUCUGAGCAACCUGGAUCAAGAGAAGACCUUUAGAGCCCCAGAGCCUCAGAAGCCUCAGCCAAGCCAAGUAGCUGAUGACAUUGUGCGUUCAAACCAUUAUGACCCUGACGAGGACGAGGACUUCUACAGGAAACAGCUCUCUUACUUUGACAGGCUCCAAGCUGGCCCCACCAAACCCCAGCCACAAGCACAAACAACCCACAAUUACCCCAGGUCGGAGUCUGUGGAGAAACCAAGUCCAGUGGAGAAAAGAUAUGAGCCAAUUCCCCAGGUGACCCCUUCUCUGCCACCAGCCACACUGCCCAAACCCUCACCUGAAGCCAAGCCUGCAGCCCGAGAGGAUACAGUUCAGACCAACUUCCUGCCUCACAAAAGUUUCCCUGAGAAGUCUCCGGUUAAUGGCACAAGUGAACAGCCCCCAAAAACUGUUACUAACACCGGGGCUCCACCAGCAUCCAGCUACAACCGCUACGUGCCCAAACCCUACACCACCUCUGCCAGACCUUUUGAGCGCAAGUUUGACAGUCCUAAAUUCAACCACAACCUUCUGCCCAAUGACAAACCAGAGAUCGCUCCGAAGGGUCGGAGUACCAGCCCAGUGAAGGCUCAGAUACCCCCACAGCCCCAGAACACAGACCCCGACAGCGGUGUGGACACUUUCACACGCACUAUGGACCACCGCUCCAAAUACCAGCACAAUAACAUCAACGCUGUGCCCAAGGCCAUCCCUGUGAGCCCCAGUGCCCUGGACGAUGACGAUGACGAAGAUGAGGGCCACACAGUGGUUGCGACUGCUCGAGGUAUCUUCAACAGUAACGGUGGUGUCCUGAGCUCCAUUGAGACAGGUGUUAGCAUCAUUAUCCCACAGGGAGCAAUCCCUGACGGUGUGGAGCAGGAGAUCUACUUCAAGGUCUGCCGAGACAACAGCAUCCUGCCACCACUCGACAAGGAAAAAGGAGAGACCCUUCUCAGCCCGCUGGUGAUGUGUGGACCUCAUGGCCUCAAGUUUUUGAAGCCUGUGGAGCUACGCUUACCACACUGUGCGUCAAUGACCCCUGAUGGUUGGUCUUUUGCUCUAAAAUCCUCCGACUCCUCGUCGGGUGACCCAAAAAGCUGGCAGAACAAGUCUCUCCCCGGAGACCCCAACUACCUGGUGGGAGCCAACUGUGUUUCUGUGCUCAUUGACCACUUUUAAAAGAUGGGCAGGUGUGAUGUUACUGAAUGUGGAUCCAUGGGAUAAAAGGCAGAGGAUGGACACACAUAAACACACACACGCGCGCACACAAACACACACACACUGACAGAUGCACUCCAAAUAAACAUAAACACAUCUUACGAUGAAGAAGAUCCAGUCAGUGCUGUUUACUGCGCCCAUGGAUGAAGGAGAGACACUGAUGAUCGUUUGCAAACUCUUUUCCCCCCUCAAUUAAUUAAGUUUUGAAGUGAAAUGAAACCAUUGAUGCAUGCCCCAUGCCACUGAGGAUUGACACUAUAUGUAAGGCAAUGUUUAAUGUAAUUCUGAAAUGAAUAUAAAUGAAUGGAUGGUUUUUGAAGUUGUGCAACCAGUGUACAUACUUUUAAAAAAAAAAACCUGUGUUGGUAUAUUUAUGCUAUAUAUGCAUACAGUAUAUAUAGUAGUAUAGAGAAAACUUACUAAAAAUAUAUGAAGUCAACAUGUUUUUUUUUUCAGUUCAGGUGGCUGAAUUAUAAAUAUGUAUCUCCACGUUUUUUCCACUUAUUAAUGAAGGUUUGAGAAAGAAGUGAGAUAAAGCAGUGACGGUGACAUUUGCAAGUAUCUGUUGAAGGAAACAUCAGCUGGACAUGAACCCAAGCGGCACACUUACAGACUUGUUCUUCCUUAACUUCUUCCUUCCUUCCUUUUUCUUACAGUAAUAUCUCGUAGCUUGAUUUCUUACCGAGUACCACAUCUCUCCUUCCAGCCUGAGGGAGAUCUAUGCAUGUUCUUUACUCAGGUCCAGUAGCCUCCUCAGUUCCUUCUCCACAUCUCAGUUUUUCUCUUUCUUUCUCUCUACUUCUUCUUCUUCUUCUCCUUCUCUCUUUUUCUGUCUCUCUCUGUGCACUCUCGCACUCACACACAAAUAAGCAGCGAUGCCUUAUCUGCAGAUUAUUCACUUUUCAUUAAGAAAAAAAUAAGUUAUGAUAAAUUAUGGUAUAAUGUCAUUUUGUUUUGCCAUUUUUUGUGAACCCACUGUAUAAAUGAACUUGGGUUUAGCACACAAUAACGGUUGAUAAAGGAUAACAAAGGUAUGCUCUUCUUUUAUCUGCUAUGCAUUACUUAAAAAAAAAAAAACAACAGAAAAGAAAUGGCUGUAAAUAAAGCUAGCAUAUUGCCUUGGUUCUUUGGUUUGUAAAUGAACUUUUUGUAAGUCUUUCUUUUUUGUAUAAAACUUAGAGAAAACAUGUUUUAAAAAGUGGAAGAACGUGAACGUGGUUAUCUUUGUAUUCUGGAUAUACCCUCGAGCCUUGGAACUUAUAACCUGACGAUAAUUCAUCACACCUUUUCUACCAGUAUGUUCACACUCAAUUACGGUCAUUUAAAAAAAGGUCUUUUUAAAGUUAUUUAAGGAUCAGGAAAGUACUUGGGCUAAAAUACAUUUAAAACAUGUUCUUUUAAAAGGGUGUGCUCUCAAAGUGUCCCCCUCACCGAUUUGUGAUACUGGAUGCUGUAUUGUGUGCCCUUAAAUGUAUUUUUGUACUAAUAGACAAUAUAUUAUGUAUGGCACACCAGUACCAUUUUAUUUUUAGAUAUAACACGGCUUUAAUUGGAUAUUAGCUCUUCACGUGUGGCUGACUUUUUUUUUUCUCCUCUGCAACACAAUUUUAAGUAUACCACUGUAUUAAUAAAUAAAAUCAUUUUUAAAGUAAAGAG